UUCGAACGCUUAUCUUAUUGUUUGAAUACAUCAAUCUCGCAGUAAUUAAUGUAAUUCAGCACUUCAUAAGCGCCCAUUUGACAAUGCAAAGCCAUUGGUGCGCGAUGGCUGCUGGGCGAAGUGUUUCAGGCUGAUUUAUCCUAAGAAAUAGCGAAAGACAGAACUUCAAUACACUGCUGUACUGACAAUGUCUACCACUUACUUACACGGCGUGUCCUAUUUAACGCCGCCAUUCAUGUCGCAGGGUUGAUGUCGUAUGCAAUGUUUAUCCCUGCUUCUUCCUCACAUCACAGUACACACACAGAAAUCGAGGAGAGUAGUCUGGUUUCGGUGAUUCGCUUUAAUGAUGGCGAUGUUUCGCAGUUUUGUGUCGGGGACCCAGCAGAAGCACCAACAGCAGCAGCACAGCGUAGGUGCCACAGCCGCCCCCGGUGACAGCAUCGAAAGCCAAUAUUCGUGUCCAAUCUGCCUGGAGGUCUAUCACAAACCCGUAAGCAUCGGCAGCUGCGGACAUACUUUCUGCGGGGAGUGUCUACAGCCCUGCCUCCAGGUCCCGUCCCCCCUCUGCCCGCUGUGCCGCAUGCCUUUCGACUCGAAGAAGGUGGACAAAUCCUCCAACAUGGAGAAGCAGCUGUCUUCCUACAAGGCUCCCUGCCGGGGCUGCAGUAAAAAGGUUACCCUGGUGAAGAUGAGGUCUCACAUUUCCUCUUGUACAAAAGUUCAGGAACAAAUGGCAAACUGCCCAAAAUUCGUCCCCGUAGUGCCCACCUCCCAGCCCAUCCCCAGUCUGCCUUGGUCUGUCUCCAGCAAUAUUCCAAACCGCUCAACUUUUGUGUGUCCGUACUGCGGGGCCAGACACCUGGAUCAGCUGGAGCUGCUCAAGCACUGCAUGGAGAACCACCGCAACGACCCCAAUAAAGUGGUAUGUCCUGUGUGUUCAGCCAUGCCCUGGGGUGACCCCAGCUACAAGAGCGCAAGCUUCCUGCAGCACCUCCUACACCGGCACAAGUUCUCCUACGACACGUUUGUGGAUUACAGUAUUGACGAAGAGGCAGCUUUGCAGACAGCCCUCGCACUCUCACUCUCUGAGAAUUAGAGGUGCCAGUCCGGCCUCUCUCCAUCCAGGACCAUCAUCCUUUGCACUGGGAACCUCCCUCUCUCACUUCCUGCUGAAUUCCACACUGGGUAACACCAGGCAAAACAAACAUGCUGUCCCUUUCAUUGUGUUGUAUUAUCAUGUUGAGCAACAUUUCACUGAUUUAUUUAUGUUGUUUAUUUAUUUUACCAAGGGUGGAAGCUUUAUUGACAGCCUCUGUAAAAGGAGGGGGUGCAUUGGGGCUGUUAAAGUGCAACAAAGAGCAAACAAGUGGACCUCCAAGUCAAAGCAGGCUCUGUGGUUUAUGAAGUGGUGUUGGCAGGGGCUAUGCUGUAUGAGUUUAUGUCCUCCCAAUGAGACGGUAAACCAGGGCCCUGUCUACACUGAAAAAGAGCAAAGUGCCAACCCUUGGGCCAUGGCUGAAUCCACCCACUCCCUGACCAAUUCACAGAUACUCCAGUUACUACAGCAAAGUCACUGCUGUAAAGGACUGAGAAUGUCAAGGAACUGUUAAGACCUAACUCACCCCUGCAUAAGGCUUCCACUACCCCCUUUUUACAGUCGUGAAUUCCAGCACUUUUCUACAGUAUUGUACUGCUCACAUUUUAUAGUUGACUACAAAAAUAAUAAUACAUAUAUUCUUCAUACUGCUAUAACUUGUUUGACUAGCUACAACAGUGAUUUUUAUGCAGCAUAAGAAAUAUAUUUUUGAAAACAUUUCCUUAAAAAUGGUGCGAUUUUUAAUAAUUUGAAAAAAUAAAUAAAUAAAAAGGGGGACAUUUAUUAUUUCACUUUUUUUCCAUGUUGAAGGUUUUUUUCAACUGGAGGUUUUGUGCAGUAAUGAGAGUUUCAUGAGCAGUGAAGCACUGAAUGUUCAGUUAUGAUAAUAAAGUGUGUAAUAAUAUCGCUAGGACACUAGAGGGCAUCAGAAGGCAACCCAAACUCGCUCCUGUUGAUUUUUGUGAUAUACAGUAUAAAUAAAUUGAAUAAUUUUUUGACACCUUAAAAGGGAGGGUGGGGGUGACAUCUUGCCCGUUAUUUGCAUUUAAUAUCUACAAACUACAACAGAAAAUAUAUGUAUGGUGCAUACAGGUACCAGCAACAAAAAUAAGUAUUAGAAUUAUUUUUUAAAAAUUCAAUUAUAAAAGUCUGCACCCCAAUAGCUUGAGCUGUACUACCCAAGUGGUGUUACAUGAUGUACGAUUCCUCGCACCACCUGUGAUAUACGGGAAAAACGUUUUUACUGGUGGUAUUCACAAAACUCUUGAAAGGUUUGCUGAUGUUCGGUGUCGGCUGUUUUCAAGGUCUUCCUAUUAGAAAUGCGGUAAGCAAAGUAUUUUUUUUUUACUAUUUACAAUAAACGUGGUUGGGGCGAUAGAGGGUCCAAAGCAAGACACAGUAGACCUUCCAUUUGCCAAAUGUAAUCAACACAUAAAUAAAGCAAACUAGGGCCUGCAUCCAAUCAAUCAAAUCAAAGUUAUAGCUUCAUUAUGGCUUAUGUAGCUACUCCAGUGCUGUCAGUUCCUGACUUGGGCAUCAUUUCAAUCCAGAGAUACAUACAAAAUGAAUAUGUAAAAAACUAAAUAAUUAGUUCUUUGUUUUCAUAUAAUAAUUUUGUAUGUUGCAUAAUUUAGUAAACUUGCACAAUCCUGGACGGACUGAUAGAAGGAGGCCCGCGAUGGAGCAGGGUUGUGAGUUUUAGGGUUGCACUGUUCAGAUCAUUAUUUUUACGUAGCAGUCAUACUGUAAUAUUUCAAUGAAUUCAUGUAAAGUGGCAGCCUACUGUAAAUCGGAAAUUGCCCACGUCACAUUUAAAUGUUCAAUAACUAUAGCUUUAAAUAGUUUUAACAUUUGUAUGUUAAGGUAUUGCUGAACAAAUGGUAAGACAAAAUGUAUUUGGAAUAGUAAUUAGCUGCAGCAGCUUAACACAGUGUUAGGCACUACUAACUCCAGUAGGCUGAAAUCCUGAUUUUGUCCAGUUUUGCUGGAGGCUGUUGAAGUGGUAGCACUUCAAUGUUUCAUACUUUCACCCAGUAAGCGUUUCUAGAAUAAUCAGAAAGCAUUGGGAUUUUAAUAAAAUGCGUUCACUCUACAUUAGGGAUAUUAAACAAUAAUACAGAACUGCUGAAAUGGUCAGAAUUUUCUAAGUGUUGAAUUAGUACUACAGUCUCAGUUUUACAUACAUUUUUUAUUUUAAAUCUAGCUUUCAAGAGUGAAGGUAAUAUGCACAAAAUAUCUUUUUUAUUAUUAUUUUUACAUACAGUUGUAUAAAGUGUCUUUUCUGCACAUUUUUAAGGUGUUUUUUUUUUUGGAGGCCUGGUUUACCUGUGUUGUAUGCACUGUAGUUCUCAUUGCGUGUUACUGUCCAUAGAGAUAUCUGUCCACUAGGGGGUGCAACAUUUAUAUAAUUGAGAUGUACCUGCAUGUAUGGUCUGUGGCAUAACCAAGUCUUUGAAUGAAAUAUUUAUAUAAAAAACAUUGUUGUUGAACUUUUUGUUUUCCUGACUUUGAUCAGAAUCCAGUGGCUUCAGUUUGAGGGAUGUACUUCCUCGCCCCAUUCUUCUGUUUAUUUUAAAGACUUUACCUGGAUACAGCCUUUGGAUGAUGUCACCUCCUUUACAAAGGUGUCCAUUCCCACUUCCUGUGUGUGCAACAGAAGCCCAUGUAACCCACAUAGUUUCCUAUGUGCAUCAUAGAAUUGUGUAAGGCUCAGAUGAGUCCUGUAACUAAAAGUGAUUAUGGACAAAUAUAAUCAUUGUGAGUAAAGCAUAAAUACAACCAGAAGAAUAAAAACAGGGAGAGAAGUAUUUUAACUCUUCCAUGGAUUGCAACCAAAACUCACACAUUGCAAAUAUUAUGUUCAGAGUUCUAAAAACUUGUUUGUAUCCAUUUCACUUUUUUAUUCUUCUUCUUCUUAUAAUAAUAAUAAUAAUAAUAAUAAUAAUAAUAAUAAUAAUAUUUGAAAUAACAUUUUGAAGUUGUUACAUUAUUUGUUAAGUUUAAUAAAAUACAUUUAUUAUGUAUUUGUAGCAAAAAAAAAAAAAAAA